AUGGAGCAGUGGUAUGAAAAAGCAGUCGCAAAUCUGACAAGACAACCAUACUACAGUAAGGCAGUCAGCCUGGUCCACUCGGCUAACUAUGCCGAUACCCUGUUCAUAAAUCAGUGUGCCUCCGCUGUUGACGGGCUGCGCACCAGGGGGAAUAGUUAUAGUAGAGACCGUGUCUCUGGAGCACCUUCUUUCGUUGUCGUCGUUGGGACGGGAAGGGUUGCCCAGCUAGUACUGAAAGACGUCCUGCUGCCCAAGCAAGUACCAAUUAGAGUGUUGUCACUAGGGCGUGAUACAGUUCACUCUGAGCGGAUUGCAGAGCUUGGGAUUCUCGUCACCACCGAUCUCAAUGUCCUACUGACAGCAGAGCUGAUUCUACUGUGUCUUCCUGCCGUUGAUGCCGCAACCAUCGAAGCCCACAUAGCCAAUUUUGGCCUGGAAGACAAGGUUGUUCGCUUCACUUGCUCCGACAGGGCCACUUUAUGA